UGUCAGCUGUUGAUCUGUGGAAAUUUCUUUUAACAAUUUCUUAAUUAAAUUAAUCAAGAAAUUCGUGAAAAAUGAGUGAUAGUGAGUCGGACAGCACCGCAAAACAAGCAAAAAGCAGUGGUGCAAAAUUUAAACUAAAAAAAUUGGGCGAAAUUGAAAAACUAGAGUCCGCCGAAUUAUGUGCCUACAUAUCUGAGCUGCAUGAACUGCUCUUAAAAAAAGAUAAUAAAAUAAAAAAGUACAAAGACAAAUAUAAGGAAAUCUUGAGACAAUUAAACGACAAGAAAGAAAAUAGCAACUCCGAUAAACCCACUAAUUCCGCAAGUAUUGAGACUAAUUCCCCCGCUCCCAUAGAUGAAAAGCCAGCUGUAGAUAAUGCUGCUGCUACCACUGUGGACAAUUUUGUGGAUGAUAUUCGUCGUGCCGCCGAACAGGCGCAAAAUUUGAAUGGCUUCGUCUAUGAGCCCACUUCCGGCCUGUACUAUGAUCAGAAGACCGGCUAUUAUUAUAAUGCGGAAUAUGGUCUCUAUUACGAUGGUAAUAACGGCUGCUAUUACAACUACAAUCAAGAGAAAAAUGUUUUUGAAUUUCAUUCGCAAGUUCAAGCACAGCAAGUUCAGAAAGCUGCAGAGCGCAACAACGCGAGCGAUAAAGAUGUGCUAACGAAUUAUGAUGAUUUCGAUGCGGACGAGAUGGUGGCGUUCGACGAGUUCGGCGGCGUCAUAACCGAUCAAGAGCGACUGCGUAAAAUCAAAGAGGAGCGACGCCAGGAGCAAGAAGAAGAACGCAUGUGGCGUAAAAAGAAGAAAUCGAAGAGCACAAAGGCGGCCAAGAGCGAGAAGCGUGCCAAAUCUAAGAAGCGCAAGCAUAAAUCGAAGAAGCGUAAACGCGCACGCAAACACAAGCACGCGUCGAGCGAUUCCUCGUCCUCUGAUGAUGAGACUGAUGAGCAGGCAAGCAAUAGGAAGAGUAAGAAGCGUGCGCGCAGGCGCAAGUCUUGUGACGUUGAGGACGGUGAGUUGUCUGAGUCCAGUAUUAGCAGCAGCAGCGGAAGUGAGAGCGAUAGUGAGGAUAGCCGUAGCAGUGGUGAUGUUGAUAGGUGUGCGAAGGGAAAGGAUGGCAAGGGAAUUGCUACUUUUACUGGCGGUGGGCGCUUUCAAGUUCUUCAUAUAAAAAAGAAACUUCAUCACCUUUUAGAUAUAGCUAAAAAGUAUCCGCCUUCGCUGCGCAUCAUUGUGCAGGAAAGUAAUUUAGAGACCCUCAAGGUUGGUAGUCUGAGCUUAAUCACAUAUAAGGGCGGCAGUUUGGGUCGCGAAGGCAACCACGACGUCAUAAUACCGGAUGUGAAUGUGUCCAAGUUACACAUGAGGUUCCACUACGAUCAUAAGCGGAGUAUUUACAAGUGUACCGACCUGGGCUCACGUAACGGUACCGUGCUGAACGGCACACGCAUGUCAGCUUCCAAGCAAGAGAGCACUGAGUGUGAUUUGGUGCACGGCAGCGUCUUGCAGAUCGGUCAAACGAAGCUGUUGUGUCACGUGCACGAGGGCAACAGCACUUGCGGGUUGUGUGAGCCGGGCUUAUUGAUUGAGACGGCGCGUGAAAGCAACCUCACGGCAGCCAAUACAACGGCACUAACUCAUCGCGAACAGCUGAAGAAGCUGCAGAAGAAGUAUGGCUUGGAGAAAGAGAAAUUUGUGGAGUGCAAGCAAAAUGCCGGCAGCUACAAUGAUCGUGCCGCAACGCGACGCAUACAAGUGGGCAGCUCGACGGAUGGCGAGAAAACGCAAGCCGCCUCCGUGAAUACUGAAAUAUCUUCCGACAAUAAGGGCUUCAAGAUGCUCUCCAAACUUGGCUGGAACAAGGGUGAGGCUUUGGGUAAAGCGAGUGAUGGCUCAGGACUCUUGGAACCGAUCAAUGUCGCAUCGAAUGAGGGUAAGACUGGUUUGGGCUGCGGUGCGGCUACAUCCGUUAACGUUGCACUUACAAAUGCUGAUAAACGCAAGAUCGCGACUUGGAAGAAGACACAGGCACGCUACCAACAAACGGAUAUUUUCGAAGACAGCGAUAGUUCUUAAUACAUUACAUUCGUAAUAAUGUAUGUGGCUAUGUAGAGUAUUUCUAAUAAAGGAACUUCCAUCUUAUAAAAGCUAUAAGCUAUUUUUACGCAUAUAUAUUAAGCAUGUAUCACAAUAAAGAGAGCUCUUAAAACUA